AGUAAUGGUAGAACUACAACGCCUCGAGGCCGUGGACGUUCGUUACGCUAUCUCACGAUCAUGCGGUGACAUCGUUGAAGCUCUCAUGUUCCUUCAUUGUCCGGACAAAAUGGCCCUCAGGAAAAAUUCGGAGGGGCAAAGAUUACGAGGACGAGAACCGACCCGUUCAGCAUCGGCCCCUCCCCGGAAACGAUGGUUCCACAAAUCGUCGCUUGAGAGAGUUCAGUCGCAUGAAGCAGUUUGUGACGAUGUGACUCGUAAACUCGUUGGUGCCAUCACUACAUGGCAUGACAUCCAUAGUAAUCUUCUCAGACUUAGCAUAGACAAAUCUUCCUCUGAUAUCUCAGUCAGCGAUCGCUCAACACUUUCCAGUGAUUCCCAAGAAAGCCUGAAUGGAAAUGUUCACAAACAGGUUGAAGGAGCAAGAUUUUCGAUUUCGAAUCCUGAGCUAACGUCAAUGCAAAUUCAACAAAUGUUUCCGGAUCUAAGCGAACAUUGGAGGAAAGCCCUUGCCAAGUCGCCAGUAGUUCGCAGAACAGCCGUAGAGCAGGAGUCAAGGACAGUCAACAAGCACAGAACCGGCCGUUAUUGGCUUGAUGAACAGAUCCAUCCAUCCGAGCAUAUCUGGCUACCUUCAUCUGGACCUGGCUCAUCAACAUCGGUGGAUUCGGAAUGCUAUGUUGGCGAAAAGGACUGCCGUAAAACCGGCGAAAAAAGACGAUGCGCAGCUUGUCAUGUGGUCGCUCACACAUCAUGCUUUCCUCUACUUGCAAAGCUGAAUCUCAACUGCAAGAUGACAUUCCACGAUCAUUCGCUGAAGAAGCAUCCACCGAAAGAGGCAAUAGACAGCUUGAGCAUGCACCAUUGGGUUCAUAAGUGGCGUCACGAAGGCAGAUGCAGCAAAUGCGGAAAAUCAUUCCAGCAAAAGAUGUUCAAUUUCCAACAAAAAGAAAAGGAAACUGUGGCUGUGGUAUGUUCCUGGUGCAAAGAAUCUUACCAUGUGAAAAAUUGCUUCACAAGAGAAAAGCUAGAAGAACGGUGUGACCGAGGUCAACUUCGUGAGAUGAUUGUACCACCCAACUGGAUCCUGCGGCUUCCCAGCCGUCACAGAAAUAAGCACAAGCAACCAAAUCGGCAAAGUCGAAAACCAACUCGGCAGUUCAUCGUGAAACCUAAUGACUGGACAGCUGGGCCAUCGCAACCGCUUUUGGUCUUCGUCAAUCCUAAGUCGGGUGGAAAUAAGGGUUCAAAAGCGUUGCAUACCCUGUGUUGGCUACUGAACCCACGACAAGUGUUUGACAUAACUGCUCUUAAAGGACCGAAAUAUGGGCUGGAGGUGUUUCGGAAAGUAAUCACUCAGUUACGGUUGUUGGUCUGUGGUGGCGAUGGAACCGUAGGAUGGGUUCUACAAACCCUGGAUAAUCUGAACUGGCCUGCGUAUCCUCCGAUGGCCAUCAUGCCCUUGGGUACCGGCAACGACCUUUCACGAUGCAUGGGAUGGGGAGGCGCGCCCUCAGAUGAACCGAUGAGCCAGCUUUUGUCGGCAAUUCUUCAUGAAACCGUCAUCACUCACCUUGACCGGUGGAAGAUCCAUGUCGAGCCGAACGAGACCUCUCCUUUGGAUUCUACGGAUGAUCUGAGUGAUGCGGUGCAGUCAUCCCUACCCCUGACCGUCAUGAAUAACUACUUCUCGAUAGGCGCAGAUGCUCAUGUCGCACUGCAAUUCCAUCAUAGUCGAAGUGCCAAUCCCCAAAUGCUGAACAGUCGUUUAAAAAACCGUAUCGCUUAUGGCGGACUAGGAACCAUUGAUCUGUUCAAGAGAAGUUGGAAGGAUCUGUCCGAUUACAUCUAUCUAGAGUGUGAUGGAGUGGAUCUAACUCCACGAAUAAAGGAGCUCAAACUGCAUUGCAUUCUCUUCCAUAACAUCACUUACUACGCUGGUGGCACUAUCCCUUGGGGAAGCGAAUCAGGUGACAGCUCAAAACCCAGUUGUUGCGAUGGCAUGAUAGAAGUCUUGGGAUUUACGACUGCUACUUUGGCAGCUUUGCAAAUGGGUGGGAAGGGAGAGCGCCUCGCUCAAUGCUCUUCUGUCAAGGUCGUUACUUACAAAGCCAUUCCCAUGCAGGUUGAUGGUGAGCCAUGUUUGCUUGCUCCAUCCCAUAUACGACUCGGCUUUCACAGCAAGGUUCCAAUGCUACGAAGGGAAAAGAAGGCAAGUUGCACACCAAACUUGAUGCGUAGAAACACGAGAAACUACCAUAAGGAUUCACAGGCAAUGUCCACUUCGUUAAUGAUUCAGCUACCGGUGGUUGUUGUGGGUCGUCAUGAUUAUGAUACUUAUAAAGACGCUAUCGAACGAUUGAAAGACACAGCAUUCGAAAUCGGUGUCAUCAACUUGGAGUCCGAAAGUGAGCUUAGUGUUGCUCGUGGCUACAUCCAGAAGUUGCUAAGCGAUCAUCCCUGCUUGCCAUAUGAAGCUGGAAAAGAGUGGCGAUUCCUUGACUAUGUCACCAAUGCUGAGGAGGGUACUUUUCGGGUGUCUCGAGCUCAGGAGCAUGUACAAUCGGUGUCUGAUAUCUGCAACCCUGACGAGUGCCUUCUAAUCCUUGAUGAUGCCUUCCCUUCGAUCACCAGUCGGGCUGCUGCUAUUGGCAGUGAUUUGAUUUUUGCACCACCCGUCGGAUCGCAACAGCCGAAACGGACCUCGAUACAGCGGCGAAUUAGCGAAACGUUAAGGAUCGUGCUCAGCAGUGAUGCACAAGAAACUCACCUUUGAUUGCUGGGAGUUGUUCAAUCUCAAAGGUGCACAUUUCCGACACUCUGCUCUCAACUUCAUGAUCUGCCAUUACGUGUUUCUUUGGUAUUGUUGUUUACUUUACGUUAGAGUGUAUAUGACAGGUGUCGCAAAUUGGUCCAAUUUUGCUCCGGUGCAAUUCCAGAUAGAAUUGAUAUUGAAAUUCUUUACCCAUAUGAUAUUUCGUUGG